GUCUGUACUUUCACUUCACAGAUCAGCAUCGACAGCAUAGAUCACUAUCUAAAAUGUCUCCAUUCAUUGAUAUCAUUGGUAGCAAUGGCUACACGAAACGAAACAUGGUCGAAAAGACUUCCUGUAUGACACCAUCAAAGAAAGAAGCCCUUAUUCUCAGUCAUUUAUGCUCGAUACUUGAGCUUCCUACAGCAAAAGUCGAUCUGGAAUCCAAUUUUGUUGGUCUCGGCGGCCAUUCAUUAAUGGCGAUCAAGCUCUCCAAAGCUUGCAAGAGAGAUGGUCUCGCCUUAUCAAUACCUUCCAUUCUUUUAAGUCCCACUCUUACACAACUCAUCGACUCGGCUACCGAAACAAGAUCUACCCCUUCUACAAAUAUUCUGAAGAAUACCCGUGAUCUGAAUACACUAGUCAGCCCUACACGAUUGAGCCAUGAACGCCGCAUGUCACUCUCUAAGCCAAAUGGACACACAGCAUCUGCUUCCAAUCUUUCAUUAACAGAGAUGCAACACUCAUUUAUGCACAGCUACCAAAGACAACCUGGUAGCAACAUCAUUAGUUUCUAUGAAACUUACAGUUCUGCCAACAUUCCAACUAUGAAAACAGCUUGGAAGACAGUUAUAGAUUCGGAACCAGUAUUCCGGACAAUUUUCGAUCACGAUAGGGUUACAGCAACUUAUUCGAAACAACCCUUGCCAUUCAUCUGGGAUGAAGUUUGGGUUGAAGAUACCGAUACAUAUAUAUCAGAGUUAGAAAAGGAGAUUGUGCCAGAGAAGAUGGAGGUUACUUUUACAGUUCUUACUCCAAGGACUCAAAGAUCGGGAAAUGUUGGCGUUAGCACAAUAAUAUGGAGAGUUCAUCAUGCAUUCAUUGAUGGAUACUCUGCAAAUCUAUUGUACGACAAAGUUCGAAAGAUUGUGAUGGGUCAGAGCAUUAUUCCAGGCACACCAUUCUCGAAUGUUAUCCACGAAGUACAAAAACAUCAGCAGAUGAACCGAGAUGUCAGCAGAGCUUUCUGGAGAAAACAAAUGGAAUCACACCCAUCACCAGUUGGGGAUUUAGCUCUCCCGGUUCCAUCUUCGCCUUCCAAACUAUCUCGAAACGCCGAUGUUUCAUUUACAAUACCCUCUGAAGAAAUUGCCGAAGCUGCGAGAUCGGCUGGUAUUUCGUUGGCAUCGUGGUUCCAAGCAGCUUGGGGUCUGGUACUAUCUAUGUACGCUGAUUCCGAUACCGUAGUCUUUGGUACUGUUCUUUCCGGUCGCAAUUUGUCGAUAGCGGGGAUGGAUGACACAAUUGGACCUCUGAUAAACACAUUGCCAUUUCAUGUCUCGCUCGACCGCAAGCAAACGACUUUGGAAUAUGUUCAAUCUGUCUUUAGACACUCGGUUGACUUAGGCACAUUUCAACAUUCUCUUCCAGAAGAUGGAUACAGUAGGCAAUUUGCAUCAGCACUGGCAAUGGAGUUUGACAUGCAACCUACCGAUGAUCACAAGAUUCGUCCUAUCGGACAAUCAUGGUUUAAAGUUGUGCCCGACAUUCCACUUAGCAUCUUCAUGUCUACAACUGGAACCAUCAGAAUGUCAUAUCAAACACAGAAGUACACCGAGUCGGACAUUGAGCUAUUAUCCGAAAACUUUCAAAGUGCCAUCUUGUCUCUCCUGUCGCCAGCAAAGUCCAUCGGCGAAUGCUUAUCCAACUUGCUGUCUUCCAAAUCUCAUGAAACUCUGAUGAAGAUGGGAAAUUGCUUGACAGAUGAAACAUCACCAGCUUCCAUCAAAGAUGAUCUAGUCACUCUAUUUGAGCGCGCCGCUGUAGAAAAUCCAUCCAUCUUAGCCGUUGAAAAAGCUGGAGACAGUCUGACCUAUCAAGAAUUUGAUAACAUGGCCACCAAAUUAUCAGCUCAACUCUCUAAAUAUGUCCAACCAGGAGAUAUCGUCUGCGUUCAUGCAGAUCGAAGUAUCAACUGGCUUGUUGCCAUUUACGGUAUCCUCAAAGCCGGGGCGGUAUAUUCUGCACAAGAUGCCGCCUUGCCAGGUCACAUUCGAGAAGCCAAUUUCCAAACUGCUGGCGGAAAGCUUUUUUUGACACCGGCAUCUUCCCAACGAAAGAUUGCGCCGGAAUCAUGCAAGCUGUGUCUUUCGGUUGAAGAUUUGGUUCAAUUACCUUUGCCAAGCUCGGUAGCGGUCGCUCCAAGACAAACACCUAGACCUGCGGAUAAUGCAUAUCUCUGCUUUACAUCCGGGUCCACCGGCAAACCUAAGGGUGUGAUGUGUAGCCACGAAGGCCUUGUUGCAUUCCAAAAGGAUCUUGCCGUUCGACUUUUCGCACUUCCAGGACAGCGAAUCUCUCAAUUGAUGUCCCCAGCUUUCGAUGGAAGUAUCCACGAGAUAUUUUCUGCUCUAAGCUACGGUGCUACCAUUGUUCUCGCCGAUGGCAUACAUCCAUUCUCUCACUUGGAAAAAUCCACAGCUGCGAUCUUAACGCCAUCUAUUGCCAAUAUCUUGGACCCAGAAGACUUCCCCAUGCUGCGAAAUGUAUAUCUUGUCGGCGAGCCAGUUCCACAACAUGUCAAUGAUGUAUGGUCUAGUGUUAAAAACCUCUACAACAUGUAUGGCCCGACGGAAGCCACAUGCGGGGCUACCAUCAAGCGUCUUCUUCCUGGAAAGCCGGUGAAUAUAGGAGCACCAAACCCCACUACUCGCGUCUACAUCCUCGAUCGAAACCAACAACUUCUGCCACCGGGUGUGAUUGGAGAAAUCUAUCUUGCCGGUGUCCAAGUGGCACGAGGAUAUAUCGGUAUGCCCCAAAUGUCCGCCGAACGAUUCCUCCCCGAUACCAUCUGCAAUCGUCAAGGCGAAAUGAUGUACCGAACUGGCGAUCGGGGAUAUUUCAAUCGAGCUGGUGAAGUCGAAUGCCUGGGUCGGAAUGAUCGACAAAUCAAAUUACGUGGUUUCCGUCUUGAUCUUAAUGACUUGGAGAUUCGAGUAGCGGAAGCUCUCCCAGAAUGUUCCGGUAUCGCUAUUUGUCAAAAGGGUGACUACCUCGUUGCUAUGGUUCAACCCGAGACACUCGAUAUUGCAAAGGUUAGAGCAAAGGUUACUCAAGUACUCCCUGUUCAUGCCGUUCCUAGAGUAUUCAUGGCUGUUGAGAAGUUCCCAAUGACACCUGCUGGAAAGUUGGACUAUAAGGCCAUUACAAACAUGACUUUGGCGGAAAAGGAGUCCGCCCCGAAGAAGAUUGAAAGCUCGACCGAAGUUAGGGUUGCUGAAGCAUGGAAAGAGUUGUUGGGACUCGAAUCCAAUGUGGAGAUCACUAGGGAUUCUGAGUUUGUUUCACUAGGAGGUCAUUCCGUCAUGCAACUUCGUCUUGCGAGCAAACUUUCUGAAAUCUUCCAUGUGAGGAUGACGGUUUCUCACAUCAUGCAGUCGGCUAACUUGCUCGAAAUGGCAAAGAUCAUUGAGAAUCUUCGUGCUCAAACUCAACCUACUGAUGUUGAUGAUGCAUUGGUCCCACUGGGAAAGUACAGAGUAUCACCUAUCGAGCGUGAGUGGUGGGAGAAGUAUAGAUUAAAUGUCGGAAGUUCCUCUUUCAAUGUCACCUACGCCUGUGCAGUUGACACUAGCGUUGUUGACACUGAUAAAUUAAUCUCAGCAUGGAAUACGGUACUAUCCCGACAUCGCAUUCUCCGCUGCAGAUAUAUCAGAAGUGGACAAAAAGGCAUUUUACAAAGAGGUUAUGACCGAUUCCCACCUCAGAUCAAGACAGUCAACAAACUUGGUCUCUGGAGAGAAUGUAAUCGACCUUUUGAUUUGAAACGUCAGAAUCCUAUCCGAGUCUUCCUCUCUAGAAACACGAUGCUUGCAUCUAUGAGCCAUAUAAUCGCAGACUUAACUUCCCUUGAAGUUCUCCUCAAGGAGGUUACUACGCUAUAUAGCGGUAACUCACUACCACCUGUCGAGCAUACAUAUAUGGAUACCACACAGUGGAGCACCACACCCACACCCACUGAGCAGAAAUGGUGGAAAGAAUAUCUCCACGGAGCACCGCAAACCUACACCCUCCCCAACAUCGUAGAGCGUUCCUCCUAUGCCGGUCGUACUCGCCUUACCAAGCUCCCCCAGGAUCUCACCCGCCAAAUUCUCACAUUUACGGAUGAGCAAAAAGUUACGCUUCAUCAAAUCGCCCUUGGCGCUGUGGCUCUCUCUCUUCAACACGAUCAAAACGAUGUCGACAUCGUAUUAGGAGGUCCCUACUUUAACCGCGGAGCUAAAGAUCUCGAGACCGUUGGGUUAUUCCUCGAGCCACUUCCCAUUCGUAUCCGCCAACCUUCAACCUCUCAAUUGCCCUCUGCAUCCUUCCUGCGCGCCGUUCAAACCUCCAGCCAAGAAGCAAUCGCACACGCGAUGCCUUGGGACCAAAUCCUCCGCGCCACUUCCACACACGCGCGCUUUCCGAAUCAUCCACUUCUCGAUGUCAUGGUAACUUUUCACGACAACCGCACUCCCAAGACCAUGAUCGAAGGGGUGGAUCCGCUGAUCACCUAUACCGAAGGAAGCAAAUUUGCACUCUUGGUGGAAUUCUCAGUGCUUUCUGAUAAUGCGAUUGCGUUGCGAUUAGAGUAUGAUACGAAUUGUGUGACGAAAACAGAAAUUGUGGCAUUUGAGGCGGUGGUGUUUGAGGCUGUAAGAGGAUUGAUCGGAGGAAUGAGCUUGGGAGAAGUGAAGAAGAAUUUGGGGGUCAAGAAGAGGGAGGCAGAGAGGGAAAAUGGUGAUGGAAUGGUAGCAGCAUCUACCAACUAUUUCGGGACGAGAGUGGAUAUUCUCAGUGGUCUCUAGAGAUUUAAGAGUUUAUGGAUUUUAUGUCGUGGAAAUUUCAUGGGGAUAUUCCA